AUGGAUGCGCUAAGAGGCAAGCGUGUUAAUCGCAAUUCUUUGUUUGAACAAGACGACAGCAGCAGUAACAAGCGCAGAGGCGACGAUGCUAUGGACAUUUCCGAUGAGGACAACCAGCAGGACUUUGCCACAUUUGAGCGGAUGAUGGAGGCGCGAGUAAAGGCACAGAUGGGCGAGGACACAACCCCAUCCACACUUGCCAUCACCACCACAAACGACGAUAAAGACGAUUCUGCCGACUCGUCGGCUGAAGACAACAACACACCGGUGUUCAGGAUGUUUGCUGGAUCUGGACCCGUCAAGAUCGAAACGGAGCCAAUUGAGCCCGAGUAUAUCCAGACCAAGCGACCCGAGGUAUCCAUGGAGGAGUCUGACACGGAGGAGCACUGGAACGCAUUGGCAUCUGCUGCAAUCGAUGCGGAUAAGAUUAAGGAAAUGGCCCAGAUCCCCCUGCCAGCCAUGCGGUAUCCCAAGCGCAUCAUGCACAUCAAGCUGGAAACCGAGUCUCCGGACACCAAGGCGUCGGGUGAAAAGAGUAAAGGCGAGAAGGGCACAAAGCAGACUAAGAACGGUGAGGACGGUGAUCGGCGCAAGCCCAGGCGUCGCUCGGAGCCUUAUAGGCGCGUUUUGUCGCCAUAUAAUGGUGGAGUGAUCAAGGCGAGGAUGCUGGAGGAUGUUAUUCGCGAGGAGGAGAAGGCUGCCAGCGAGGCGUUGGCCCGGAGCCUUCGUAGCGGACGCGGUGGACGCGGCGGCAACAGAGGUGGGAUGAGGGGAAGUGGAGGCCGCGGUCGUGGUCGUGGCCGCAGCUAA